AGUUUUCUAGGGUUUGUUAAAUUUAGUACGAAUAAUGGACGAGUUGGAUAUCGACGAAAAUGUUCUACGUAGACCGAGAACUAAAAUAUCGUUUAUCUCGUGUUUGGUAUUCAAUUUUUUGCACCCACUUUGUAUAUUUGUACCUUCCAUAUUGAUAAUAGCUGUUUGUUGGAGCCGAGGAUUAACUCAUCUGUUUACCUGGCACGUGUUCCUAACGGGAUUGGGGUUCCAUCUGCUAAUGGCCGCAGGAGUAGCGUUGCCGAACGGAGGAAAUAGUUUGACCCGAAACUCGACACAUUCUACCCGUAAAACCAUCCACUGGAUCCUGCAAACUGUCGGCGGAGGAUGUGCGCUGAUAGGAACCGUCCUUCAGUACAUUAACCGCGAAACAAAACUAAAGCCUCACUUCGUGUCUACGCACUCGAUCGUCGGAUUGAUUGCAGUGAUUUUUGUCCUUCUCAGCCUACUGAACGGUGUGUCUGCUCUGUUUGGCUGGAAACUCCGUCGGCUCCUGAGCCCAUCGUUGACCAAGCUGAUCCAUAAUGCCACCGGAGUGGCCACGUUUGCCAUGGGAAUGUGUGCGAUCGCCUUGGCGUAUGAAUACCAUAUAUUUAAGGAGAAUUUUGCCUUCGUAGUUCGUGUAUCUCUCGUGAUCAUAACGGUCGCCACAUGCGUGAUGAGUUUGUUUGGUGUUCUGAAAAAUAUCUACAACUAUCUUUACGAGGCAUAUUUAGGAUGUAAAAGCACUGAAUACAUACUAGAUGACGUUGAAUAA